AUGUAUCAGCAGUACGAACAUGUGCCAAAGCACUAUCUCACUGCCGCUGGCAGAAGUGAUGAUGAGAAAUUCCAUUUCGGCUUCGAGGCUUUGCGUCCGAACUUAUUUCGCACCACAUUUACCACCGCUACACACCCGGUGUCCCUGCAUCCCAGCGCCAAGCGCCCGGAACCAGCCUUUGGGAGCACCACUCCCGAAGUCAGCCUCGACAAGGAUGGAAAUUCUCAGACGAUCAAAGUCGGGAAUGUCAAAGCCACUGUCGAGUGGACAAGUGCACCUGUCGUCAGCAUUUAUUUAGACGGCCAGGAGAAGCCGCUUCAUCGAGACUUGGAAUAUCGGUCAUAUGCCCUCGAUGGCACGGGUAUUGCGCAUUAUACGAAGUAUAAGCAAGAUACCUUGCAUGUUGGUCUCGGAGAGAAGGCCGCGCCGAUGGACCUUAGCGGCCGUGGAUUCAGCAUAACGGCCAGUGACACCUUUGGAUACGAUGCUUACCGAACCGACCCGCUGUAUAAACACGUUCCGUUUUUGAUCAACGCCACUCCUACGGGUUGCAUCGGAAUCUUCUCGACUUCCCAUGCUCGAGGGAUCUGGAAUGUUGGGUCCGAACUUGACGGCAUGUGGGGUCACUUUAAGGUGUACCGACAUGCUCACGGCGGACUCGAGGAGUAUCUCAUUGUCGGAAAGACAGUAGGUGACGUCGUGAGAUCUUACGCCGAGCUAGUAGGUUUUCCGAUACUCGCGCCUCGGUAUAUGAUGGGUUAUAUCGGCGGCGGAAUGAUGUACAGCAUGACAGAUGAUCCGCCGGGAGGUGAAAACGUUCUCAAUUUCUUCAAGAACUCUGAAAAGCACGGUAUGCCGUGCUCCGCUUUCCAGAUGAGCUCGGGUUACACCGUAGCUGAAGUCGAACCUAAGACCCGAAAUGUCUUUACUUGGAACCGACAUCGUUUCCCGGAUCCGCGGGCGUUCACUCGCGAGGCGCAUAAGCACGGCGUCCGUCUGUUGGCAAACGUCAAACCAUAUGUCCUAGCAAGCCAUCCCGCGUACAAGGAACUUGUGGCGUCAGGUGCUUUCUUCAAAGAUGCAAAGACCGGCAACGCCGCGGUCGCACGACUAUGGAGUGCCGGUGGAGGAGAGAGUGGUGAAGGUAGCCAUCUCGAUUUCACCUCUAAAGCAGGAUACAACUGGUGGUAUAAGGGAGUCAAGGAUCUUAAAGAGGUUGGAAUUGAUGCUAUGUGGAAUGAUAACAACGAGUACAACACUCCCGACGACAAUUGGCAAUGUGCGCUCGAGACCGUCACUAUACCAGAAGGCGAAACCCGCAAAAAUAUCGGCCUCUGGGGUAGAGCGCUGAAUACCGAACUCAACGGAAAGAGUUCUCAUGACGCGACGAUUGAAGUUGAACCGGGAGUUCGGCCCUUCAUCCUCACUCGCAGCGCAACGGCGGGUACUAUGAGAUACUGCGCCAGCUCCUGGAGCGGUGAUAAUGUGACCAGCUGGGAAGGAAUGAAAGGCGCGAAUUCAUUGGCGUUGAACGCAGGUUUCUCCUUGAUUCAGUGCUACGGCCAUGACAUCGGUGGCUUCGAGGGACCCCAGCCAACGCCGGAGCUUCUGGUCCGUUGGAUCCAACUCGGCGUCCACUCACCACGAUUCACCAUCAACUGCUACAAGACCAAUCCCGACGACAACCUCAUCGGAGAGGUCAUCGAGCCGUGGCAGUAUCCGUCUGUAGCACCCGUGAUCCGAAAGACCAUAGACCGCCGAUACGAACUAGUGCCAUACACCUACUCCCUCAUCCUCAAGUCCCACCGCGAGGCCAUCCCACCCCAACGCUGGACAGGCUGGGGCUACGAAUCAGACCCGACAGUAUGGACGAAGGAGAUCAUGAAAGGCGACACCCAAUACUGGUUCGGCGACUCUCUCCUCAUCUCCGGGGUCUACGAGCCCGGCGUCGAGACCGCAAAAGUGUACCUCCCAGACGCAAGCGGCAGCGACCCCGGCUUCCUGAACCUGUACGCGCCAUACCAGUACCUGAAGGCCGGCGCCUGGCACGAUAUCUCGUCGACCUGGCACACGUCGAUCCCGGUUCUCGCGCGCAUCGGCUCCGCCGUGCCGACCGGCAAGCCCAAGCCCACGACCAGCGUCGGUGCAGACGACCCGGAGUUCCCGAACCUAGCUAAGGACGACACUCGCGGGGUCGAGAUCUUCCCGCCCCCGCUGGAGACGUACCCGCAUUGGCCGCGGGAGUUCGGGCAGAGGAAGGGUCCCGUGAGCACGGAGGUGAAAUGGUUUAGCUAUUCGUGGCUCGAGGACGAUGGGCAGAGUCCCGUUGACAAGGCCGAGGCUGUGGAGGUUACUGUGAAGUACGGGGUGUCGGGGGCUGAGAUCCGGGUUAAGGUGGAGGUGAGGAAGGAGGGUGGGUGGGAGCCGUUGUGGCUUAAGGAUGAUAUCACGGUUGUGCUUCCUGUUGGAGAGGAACGCGGGGUUAAGGGUGAGGAUGGGAAGGAUGUGUAUAAGGAUUUGGAUCGCGAUGAUAGGGGGAGGAGGGUUUGGAAGGUUAAGGUUGAGGUUAAUCUCCAAGUUUGCACUGCCCCAAUCAUGGACGAAUUCGCUCAGCUGUCGCGGGAGAACUUCGAGGUCUUUCAGAGGUACGGCGACGCCUCGCUUGGACCCGAUCCCAAGCACCGGGCCAUUGCUAUUUACGCAUCACCCGGCUCACCGACGACAUAUAUCGAGAAAGAUAUGAAACUUGACAGUCUGCCGAGUUUCUUCAAGGCUCGACUUAGGAAUGACAGUGGCGUUUAUCAGGGUACAAGACCUGUGCCACCGGUAGCUUCCCUUAAGCUAGUCGUGAUCGAUAGCAGGUUGGAGUCAUGGUCUAGCUUCUCUUCCUCUCUGUGGGUGACCAAGGACGUCUUCCUCAGUCUCGUCGAUUCUAUGGGAUUGAACCCAGCAGCGUUGUGGCUGUUGCGUAGCGAGUACGACGGGUUCCACCACUUCCCCCCGUCGGAACCCUUUUUCUCUCCAGACUGGGAAGAGGGGGAGGAGAAAGAAAGUAAAGUGGAAGCAGCAGAUAUCGAUACAUAUUAUAUCGGUACAUCAAACUUCGUACUGAUGUGGACGUUCGAUCGACGGAACCAACACACGCAUGCGCUGUGGAUCCUUCGGCAACAGCAUGGCAUCACCAACCAAAGCGCGCCGGCAGGUUGGUUCGUGAACAUUCUCCGGCGGCACCAGUCGCACGUGUGUUCAUCCUCGCUCCUUGCGUACGUGGCCGCGCUGAGCGUCUGCUGUACCUUCGACGGCGAGAUCACAUAUCGCGCGCACGUAGUCCGGCUCAUCGAGCGGCAGACAGGGUAUAGUACACACUCGAGCAGCAUUGAGGAGCGGAUUGGAAUGGAGUCUUUGACGGUGUCAAUAAAGGAGGUCGGCGAAGUUCUAAAUCAUAUUGCGAAUAAGCAACGGCAUUUCCGGCUUGUAGAAGGGAUUUUGGUUUUUAUUGUUGAAAACGCGGUGCUUGAAAUAAAUUCUAAGGAGACAGUUGUAAAUGAGGAAAGCACGAGGAAACUAGUCGAGGCGGUUCCGCUGCUGAGGAAAAGAAUGCAUGCUUCACAGGAGUAUUUAAAAUAUCUGAAAGAGAGGGCCGAACGGCUAUCGACGGUGCUCUUCGCGCUCCUAACGCAUGAAGACUCGGCCAUACACGCAGAGCUCGCAGACGCCAGCCGUAAGAUAGCCGAGGCGUCUAAGCGCGACAGCUCGAGCAUGAAGACCGUGGCUAUCAUGACGAUGGCAUUUCUACCCGCCACUUUCUUCGCGGCCCUGUUCUCGGUGCCCUCGCUCGAUUGGCAUGCCGACGGCUCCAUCAUACAGCCCAACUUUUGGAUCUACUGGGCAUUCACGCUACCCGCUACCGCGCUUGUGUUUGCGCUCUGGGUGCUCCUCGAUCAUACGACUAUUGGCAGAAGAGCUGGUAUGGUGGUGACCGAGGGCAGACAUGAAGAUGAUGAAGACAGGCCGCGGAGUAGUCGCAGUAAAUUCGAAUGA